AGAUCUUGGACCUCGAGUAAGGAACGUGUUUGCGCGUGAGAACGCUGCCGUAGAGAGAGGGAUAGAACAGUGCGGAGCGUAUAUCGAUUGUUCGAACACACUUGCCGUUGGGUUGGUGUUCUGUCGCUACAGCUACAGCAGUAGGAUGGCGGCGGCCGCCUCAAAAAAUGAAGAGAAGAACGUUGUUGGAGAUCAGCGGAACUGGGAGCAGAGAGUCACGUCCGAGCUAGAGGUCGCCAAGGCGUGGUGCGAGAACUGGGGGCCGCUGUACGAAGGCGCCACGACGCAACAGCAGCAGUUGAAAUCGCUGGAGGAAAAACUCAAGCGGAUGCCUGGGGACCAAGGGACGCGAACGAACUACCAGCUAUCGUUUACCGGCGGAGCGCCAUUCGACGAGUACCCUGUAGGACUCACCAACCAGAAGCCUCUCAGGAUGGAGGACGUCGAGGAACUAGCCAAGGAAAUGAUGGUUGCACAGCAGAAGCGUAGAUGAUACUGGCUGUGUGACGCAUGUUGGGCGGCAGCUUCAUUUAGGUACUCAGAGUUCUUACGUCCGCAAGAAGUGAAGAACGGGCCCCUAUUUUUCUCAACAGCGAGAGCCUGUAGAUAUUCGCCCAGCGGAGCGAGACUUUUAUCUAUGCGCUCUGGGUGAACAAACCCUUCGAUGCAACAACCUCAC